AUGUCCACCCGACGACGAGAGAACGAUGACCCUGGAUUACAAGAACUCCUAGAUCUUUCACAGCGAAUGGCGAAACGUGCACGUAUGGAGAAUGGCGAGGACGAUGUCAUUAGCAGCAGCAGUGAAGGAGAAGGCGACAGCGAAUCCGACAUUGGCGAACCCAGUGAACUUGACGCACCUUUACCAGCAGACGAAGACGGCUACGUUCAAGGUUCCAUUGUCAAGAUCAAGUUACGCAACUUUGUCACCUACGAUUACUGCGAAUUCAGCCCUGGACCUCAGCUCAACAUGAUCAUUGGACCUAACGGCACCGGCAAGUCGACUAUUGUAUGUGCUAUUGCUUUGGGUCUGGGAGGUACACCAGCGCUUUUGGGACGUGCCAAGAACAUUGCAGAGUUUGUCAAAACGGGCGAGGAUGAGGCCAUGAUCCAGAUCGAGCUGAAACGUACAGGAGGUCGUCCGAAUGCUGUCAUCCAACGCACGAUCCAAAAAUCGAAUAAUCAGUCAUCAUGGCGUUUAGAUGGACGACCCUCCCCUCAAAACAAAGUGAUGGCUGUCAUUUCAGAGCUCAACGUUCAAGUGGAUAAUCUUUGCCAAUUCUUGCCCCAAGACAAGGUUGCUGAAUUCGCACAGUUGACACCCACAUCGCUAUUGACAAAGACACAAGAGGCUGCUGGAGAACGACAAUUGCUUCAAUGGCAACAAGAAUUGAUUGAAUGGCGUAACGAGGAACGUGAUUUGCAAAAGUCUUUCGAUUCCGAUCAAGAACAUGUCAAGUCUCUCAAGGAUCGCAACCAGUAUUUGGAACGAGAUGUGCUAAAGAUGCAACAACGAGCAGAACUCUUGAAGCGAGUCGCCCUUUUGGAAGCCCAACUCCCAUUGGCUAGAUAUACGGAUGCCAAGCGUGAAUACGACGAAGCGAAGGAGGCUGAGAAGGAAGAGUUGGAGCGUGUAAAGGCACUUGAAGAGGAAUUGGGACCUAUCAAGGAGGUGCUUCAACAAACCGAACAAGCCAAGGCUGCAGCUGAGCAACAAAAGAGAGAUUUGGGGAAGGAGGUCAUGGAAUACUCGACGCGAUUGACAAAGAUUGGUGAUGCUGUGAAGCGAUCGACUGCAGAGACAAAGAAGACGCAAGAUAGGAUCAAGACCAUCCAUUCACAACAAGAGAAGCGCAAGCAAGCGAUUGCACACUUGGAAGAAAGAAUCAAGCGAGCGAAGAGCAGUACCGGCGAUGAACCACCCUCUAAGGAUACGUCCGAGAUUGAUGAGGCCAUUGCUGAGAUUGAUCAAAAGGAAGCCAACAUUCAAGUUGAAUUGAACGCUGCGAGAAGAGAUAAAAGGGAGCUUGGGGAUCGACUGACGAACAACAAAUACGCCAUUCAGAAAACGCAAAGAGAUGUGAAAGAAGCCAAUGAUCGGAUACAGCGUCGUCUUGCUCUUAUUCGAGAACAUCUCCCAGACACCGCAGCAGCAUACAAUUGGUUACGCGAGCAUCGUGGCAUGUUCAAAGGCAAAAUCCAUGGGCCCAUUGGCAUGAUGCUGAAUAUCAAAGACGUGCGUUAUGCAAACAUGGUGGAAUCGAUUCUCGGAGGCAUUCGUGGCCAACAUUUAAGGACAUUCGUAUGUGAACUCGAAGAGGAUUACAAGUUGUUUACGGACGAGGUGAUGGACAAGCAAGGGUUGCGUGUUACCGCUUAUUGGCCAAAGUUGAACUUGGAUGAUCUUGAUGUUCGAGGCCCAAUGUCUAACGAAGAUCUUCGUAAAAAGUUCAACAUGGAUUACUUUGUGCAUGAACUAUUGGAUGGACCACAAAUUGUCAUCAAGAGUUUGGCCCAAUCAUGCUAUAUCAACUUGGUGCCUGUCUCUCUACGACAAUUGGAUGAAAAUCGUCUUGCACAAUCGGGUGCUUUCCAAAAGUUCGCCAUGAACGACAGCAUUUACGAGGUCAAAAAGUACAGCUUUGGUCAAGGAGGACAACAAACCACUGUUCGAUCUAUUCGAAGAUCAGAGUUCUUCACUGAUAGUCUGGAUAAUGACCGUCGCCAUCAAUUGAGCAGCAAAUUGGCCGAGCUUGAGCAGAUCCGAGAAAAUCUCGAGGGCAAGAUCAAGGACAUUGAGAAAAAUGAGAGAAACCUUAAUCAAAAGCUUGAGGAAUUGCGUUAUGCAAGAAAUGACAAGAAGGCUGCCAAAAGAGAUAUCCAAAUGGCCCGUAUGCGAUGGGAGCAAAUGAAAGCCAAGAUCGAUGAAAUGGAGGAUGAGCUUGAAAGCAGAAUGGCCGAGCCAGAGAAUAGUGAGGACAUGGUCAAGAAAUUGAAGGAAGAAAUGACCGAGCAGGUCAAGGAACGUGCUGCAUUAUCAGCAAGGUUUAUGAACACCCUCAAAGAGCAUGUCAACAAAAUCACAGAGCGUAAUAUCUCCGAGUUGGCCGUGAUCCAAGCUGCUGGUAAAUGCACCGCUGCAAAGGAGUAUUCCAGGAAUCAGACCAUCGUUCUCGAACAGGCCAAGCAAGCUUAUCGACAAGUUGCUUCAAAUUGCCAACAAAAACGACACAGGCUACAAACCUUCAGAGAGGGUGCUGAGCGUGCUGGCAGGAAUUUGGAGCCUGAACUUAAGGAGGAGUUUCGAGAGAUCCGCAACCAAUGGCGGGAAAACGGUUCUUUGGAGCAGUCCACAUAUGAAAUUGAGAAUGAGAUCAAUAGCUCCAAGGCCAAGGCUGAUACCCUGAAAACCAAUAAUCCAAAGGCGUUGGAGCAAUUCGAGGCGCGCAAGAAGGAGAUCGAUAUAUUGUCUGAAAAGAUUGCAACCAAUCAGCGUAAGCUGGACUCACUCAAGGAAAAGAUACACAAAGUCAAGAAUGAAUGGGAACCACGACUUACGGCCGUUGUAUCCAAGAUCAGUGACAAAUUCUCAGAGGCAUUGCAACGGAUUGGAUGUGCUGGUGAAGUGUGUGUUCAUCAAGAAGAAGACUUUGACAAGUGGGGCAUUGAGAUCCGAGUCAAGUUCCGAGACAACGAGAAGCUGCAACUCCUCACAGGCCAACGACAAUCAGGUGGCGAGCGUGCAGUAUCGACUAUCUUAUAUCUUAUGGCGUUACAGAACCUUGCACGAUCACCCUUCCGCGUAGUGGAUGAAAUCAAUCAAGGCAUGGAUCCUCGAAACGAACGUAUGAUUCACGAGCAAAUUGUCAAGGGUGCCAGUAAACCGGGAACUGCACAGUACUUUUUAAUCACGCCGAAGUUGCUUCCAGAUCUUUAUUACAACGAACGUAUGCGAGUGCUUUGCAUUUACAAUGGCGAAUGGCAACCCAAGCGAUUGAAACCAUUGACCGAAUACCUGAAGCGGGCACGUGCUGCUGCGUAG